AUGGCUGGACAGUAUCCAUCUUCUCGCAGCGAGAGAAAAGGCAUCUGGCACAAUGGCCACCCAGAUCGUAAUGGAAAGAUCAGCUUGAAAUGUGAUCUGUGUCACUCAAGGAAGGUGAAAUGUGAUCGGCUGGACCCUUGUAUGAACUGCGUGGAUGCUCGUGCGGAAUGUCGGCGAACCCGACCCAGACGCAGCAUGCGUCCCAGGGUUUCCCGGCUAUCGACUCUUGAGCAUGUUAUUUCCUACCCUCCAAGUGCUGCGGCGACAUCUUCACAGAGCUAUGUUCGAUCUCAAGCUGGGGAAUCAAAUAGUGCCAGGACAGAUCAGCCCAUAUCGUCUCAUGUUCCAGAAACUACACCUUCUCAGAGAGUCUCCGAGUCACCAGCUGUGAGCGAGGGCACACCUAGUCACCAAGAAUUGCAGAAUAGCAAUCAUUCAACUCCCCAGAGGCGUACAGUUCUGGAGAACGCCUUGUUGCUGGUCAACAAGAUAUCCGCAUCUUCCUCAGAGCCCAAGGUUUUCAGUGGGUACCCGGGUUGUGCAGAUGACCCUGACGUACCUGUCCGCGAAGAAUUCUCCUUAGAAGUGUACCUUAUGAUGUCUAUGGAUAUUUCACAUCAGCACUCCGCUCAGAGACACUUCUACUGGCCCGACCAUAUAUCGAUCAGAUGCCUAGAGCACAUGAGCCUUUCGCUUGCAGAGGGCACACUAGAUCGGCAGACAUCUUUGCAUUAUCAGGUUUGCGUUUACACCAAAGCACUGUUCUUUCUCGCCCGCGUACCGCAGCAGGGCUUGGGCGGGCGGCUCCGCACACACGUCAAAAAGACCCAAGAGAGAUAUGCGUCCGCGGCUUUGCGGGCAUUGGAUCAGAUAAAUUUCGUUGCCUUACUAUCGGGCGCACUCCUACACCAGAUGCAGGGACAUCCAACUCGAGGCUGGACUCUCACAGCAUUCGCUUCGCAAAUUCUUGUUGCCAUGAACUAUCAUACAAUCACAGAAGAUACUCCAGUUCGUUGUCAGGAGGAUCAAGAUGCUCGUUUCUGUCUUUUUUCUUGCUUCUACCUUGACAAGAUGCUGAGCAUGCUUCUGCUUCGUCCUCCUUCAUUGCCAAGGCUGAAACUCAACCCAGCGUCACUAAUUCCGAUGGAAAGUGGAGCUCUCAGUCUGAUUGUCAAAACAGUGGUUGAGCUUGCCCAGAUUCAAGAAGCUGCAAUGGAGGUAGUCCACCGGAGUCAUGGCCUCAGUGAUAUCAGCGACGUGGAAACACCCCUCGACGCAGCCAUACAAAAUCUCGCUUCUUUGCGAGCCGUGAUUGACGAGCGAUGCCGUAAAUCUAGUCCUGCUUUACAGGUGGAAUGGAUUGCAACCGAAUUCCGGUAUCAUGCCAUUAUGGCAACAUUACUACACCUUAGCCCUAGGGUGCAAGCUCAACCUCAGGCUCGCGAAGAAUGCCUAGUACAAGCCCGCCACGCCUUCCAGGCCUUGGGGCGACUACACAAGAUACUCAACGAGGAAGACAGCUUUGUUGGUACAUAUUCAAUGUUUCUAUCAUGGACCGUGUUUUUCUAUCCCACGACUCCAUUUUACCUCUUAUUCUGCAAUGUGGUCGGAACCUCCAAUACGGAAGACUACCAACUUAUGCAUGAGACCACUAAAGGGCUGCAUCGAUUUAUUGACACCAAUCCUUCUAUCUCCAAACUAAACCACUUUUUCACCACGUUUCUCAACUUAUGCAGUCCGCUUAUGCAAGGAGACGGCAGCGUCAACACGAUGGCUAUGCCACUGGACGAGACUAACUUGUCUACGAUGCCAUCGAGUUCUGAAGCGGAAGUAAGCAUUCCGCAAAUUGAUGCUGAUGAUUACAUAUAUGUUAGCGCAACUCGCGUUGGUAUUGUCAAUGACGGGGCCAUGGAUCCGAAUAUGAUAUCAUCGUGGAACAACGCGCAGAUGUGGGAGUUGUUUGGCGCCCAGUCUUCCCUCGAGUGGGUAGAUUCUGAGGUUUCUCAUGCCAUGCCGGAACGCUACCGAUAG